AUGGGGCAAAACAUUGUUUGCAGUGCCCCUGUCGUCGAAUGCAAUCCACCUAUACUACCGAGUGCCUCAUCCAUUCGAGCUGUCAAAUCUCGGUACAAGGUUGGCGAUCAAGUCAAUAUCACAUGUAACGACGACCCUGAUUGGUUUGUGUGGGAAUGCAGUAAUGAUGGCAUGUGGCGUGGGGAGCCCAUAAUGUGCUCACCAAUCCGCCCAGCACCUAAUGAUGAAAACCCUGGAGCUCCAGCACCCAUAAUAAACCAAGUCAACGGAACUAGCAAACGAGAAUUCUUUAUCACUGGCCUCCUUGUAACAGCCGUCAUUUUGUUUAUCGUUGUUCUAAUGAGCUUGGCGAUGUUCUUCAUUUUUGUGAGAAAUCGUGGUUAUGGCUUGGUAUCAUCAUCAAAAGAAGAGAUCAAUGGGAAAGGAGAAAGAGGACCGCUACCUGAAGUUCCUGAAGGAUAUGCAAACUAUGUUGCUGGUGAACAAUCCCUCUACGUUGAACCUUACCUCAAGCAAAACGGAGAUCCAAGCCCCAGCUACGAGGUCUACGAAAAACCAGUCUGAAUUAAUUGCGUGAACUGAAACCACCUCUUUGUAGAGAGAAACUGAAGUGAUUUCGAUUUGUGUAUACAAUUGAAGCAUCUCCAGAUCUUCUCACUACAUUGUGUUGAUAAUAUUUAUAUUUUGCUUAGCUUUUAAUUACUGUUUAAUAUCCGGAAGCUUUGGAUUUGUGAGAAGGGAUGUUUUUGUGUAUCCAUGUCAUUGUGCAACCUAGGUCUAUAUAUUUUUCCGAAAAGUGAAGUAUGCGUUCCUUUGUGGAAAAGGUAAGACUUAUGGCAAUUUCAUAGUGAAAGUUAUUUAUUAAACCAUAAUCCCCCCAUUAAUAAAUUGCUUUAUUGUUCGUUUCCUAAUUAUUACGUCCAGGAAAUU